AUGGUCGCGCAAUACGGGUCCGGGCCCGGCGCUGCUGCUGCCGGCCUUGGUGUUGGUUCACUGGGAGUCGGCGGCGGCGACCGGGAUGUGUCGACUCUGGCGAUACGGGGAACAUCCUCGGUCGUAGGCGGCGCUGGUGGCACCGGCGUACGGGCGAACCACCGGGAUAGCUACAGCCACCACGGUCACGGCCACGGUCACGGUCACCACAGCAGUAGCAACAACAACUUCAACUCGUCGCAAUCAUACGUCUCAUCACGAACCCGACGAUAUAACCGAUCACACGCCGGUGGCGCGUCGUUCGUACCGCAAAACGAGUUUCCCAUCUUCAGCCAUAGCGGCGAUGUCGAGAUCGUCGUGCGCGUCCCCUGCGGACUCGAGAACCGAUACCUACUACAUCGACAUAUUUUGACGAGGUGUUCGGGCUUCUUCGAGGCCAGCACCAGCCAGGAAUGGUCACGAGCCACAACUGUUUUAGGAGGAGGAGUACCAGAGUUACCCGCGCCGGGCAGCGCAUCGAAGAGUGGGAGCGGGAAUGUGGCAGAAACAGGAACAAUAGCAAGGACAACACAGGACUCAGCACCGACGAAACGAUGGCGAUACGAACUCGACACCGGCACCGACGACAAUGACAUUCCCAUGCUCGUACAGAAAGAGGAAUCCUCACCACCACCAAUACCUACAUCUUUGGGGCCACCACCAACACACUCGUCCAUCUUCGGCAAUGGGACCUCCUCGUCAGGCCGACACAGAAGUAACAGCCAAAAAUCUACCCAUCAAUCCAACUCCUUCUUUCGCUCCGUCGCCAACCUCAGCCUCUCACACUCCUCGUCUCGCAACCAUCACAAUGCUCCGCCACCAGCAAGGGAAGAACCCUCACAAGCAGACCUCGACCUCCUCCGCGACUACGACAACCUCUUCCGCAUUAUGUACAACUACCCUCCAACAAUCGACCCCAUUUCUUUGCCCGACGCCUACGUGCAAUGCAAAUCUCUCCUACAGCUAGCAGACCAAUACGAUGCCCUAGCAGUCGUCGGGCCGCGCGUGGAUCACCACCUCCUACAAUUCCAAUCACGGCUAUGGCGACAAAUAGCCAAAUACCCCAUCUCCUACCUUCGCCUUGGGUAUCUAGCAAGAAGCAAAGUCAUCUUCCAAGAAGCUUUGAUUCACGUUGUCGGACAAUGGCCCGCGGGCGAACGGUCAAUAAGAGCAGCGAUGCCAGAGUCAGUAGUGGACAUAAUCGAAGAUAAAGUCGACGAACUAGAAGAGGUUGUGUCACGGGUGGAAGCUCGCCUCUUCCGGUUGGGUCUAACAGGACGCGGAGGCGAGCGCGUCGGACCAGGGAACGGAUACGUUGACUGGCUAGCUGUGUCUUUUUUCCGGGAGUGGCUCGCGGAAAAUACUUCCCCGCCAAGUUCGGCGGAGUAUACAUCCAGCAAACACCCGCCUCAAAUCCCGGAACGGACGAGGGGUGGACAUCGAAGCGGUAACAGCAAUAACGUCCCGGGGAGUAGGAAUCGACAUAAUAGCUCCUCUUCUGGAUCAGCGUCAGGGUCAAAUACUCACUCUGCCUCUGCUUCCGCCCGCGACCGCGACCCGUAUGCUGCGAAUGCACCAACCAAUACCCCCGCGCAUUUAUCUACCACACCCCUCGCUACGCUUGGUCGCACAUUUCGUCUGUUGGGGGGCUCACCAAAGGAAUACCUUACCCACGACGACUGCAAGCGGUUUUUGAAGCUCUCACCGGAGUUAUACAACAGGGAUAACCUCAGGCGAUUCGAGAAGAGGAUUGAAGAGCUGAAAGCCAUGGCGAGGGAGGUGGUUAGGCCGCUGAUGGGUAGUGGAUUGGAAUUGGAGAUUUCUGGAGGGGGAAGUGCACAUCCGACUGCUAAAGAGAGUAGUGGUGGUGCAAAUGGUGGGGCGAGCGGUGGUGGUGGUGCAGGGAGUGGCAGUGUGUUGGGGUAUUUGACUUGUACGACGGUUUAUGAUCGGGAUUUACCUUGGAUGAGCUAUGAUCAGGUGUGA